AUUAUAAAAGCUACUUCACUGUUAACGUAAAAUUAAUAACCAUUUCGAAGUGAAUGCAACAACAAAUAAAAAUAUAUUAAUAAAUACCAGUUAUAAUGCUUAUCCAAGCAAUUGCUGAAUUAUUCAAAUUUAAAUGUAUUGGCAGUUUGAUAGUUUUAACGUGCUGGCCAGCUGUAGAUCGAAUAAAAUUAGCUCGAGAGCUCUUUAAACAUGAUCUAAUUGUUAGUUUCUCAUGCGGUCCAAAAUCACUCGAAGGAUCUCACAAAUCUCAAGUGCAAGGAGUGCUGUAUAUAUCAUCUUCUGUCGAUCAACUGCAUAAGGUGAAACCGAAAUACUUCUCUAAUUGGUACAAGUGGGUUAUAGUUGGUGAAAGCGUACCGGAUUCAGUAAAAACCGUCCGAUAUGAUGCUGAUAUACUUCUGCUAAAGCCAUCGAUAAUCGAAACAGUAAAACAAAAUGCCGUUGACUUAACAUUAAAUGAGGUUACAUAUUAUAUUGACGAUGUUUAUGUUCAUCCAAGAGAUGGUAUUUAUCUACAUCUUUGGGGACGUUGGAACUUACACAAUGGUCUUCAAAUCUUACACGAAACAGAGAGAAUCAUAAGACGUCAGAACUUGAAAAAAUAUCCUCUAAAAAUUGCGACUCCGUUAGGAUCUUACUCGUUGGACAGCUACAAUGGUACAUUUUUGGAGUAUCUAAUGGAUAUGUCGAUACGAGAACGUGACUCAGGAGUGCGAAGUGGUUACAGUUCGUCAGCUUUAAUCAUUGAAAUGCUUAACGCUACUGAAAUCAUAGUUCCUACUAUGCUUUGGAGCACUGAAGUAAAUAACAGUAGUAUGAUGCUUGAACUAAAAUACGGUAGUUCAGAGCUCGGCGGAGGCGUAUUACGAAUGAUGCCAGAGCGCUUCGCCAAAUUGGAUUAUGUCAUACCUAUAUGGCCUUUCCAUGUGGGGUUCACCUACCUAGCUGAACGGGAAAGUAGCAGCAAUAUGUUCUUGGAACCUUUUACACCAACUGUCUGGUGGUGUUGUCUGUGUCUCUUGCUAAUUCUGGCGCUCGCUCAGCGCGUUACUGCAAAGACGCCCAUGGAAAAAGAAGGAGCGUAUGUAGCUACCUUGGCUACGUAUCUGCAACAAGAUGCCAGUGCUGUACCAGAAGGAAUAUCUGGCAGGUGGACAUUUCUGGUCCUGUCUGUGUCCGCCAUGCUUAUUCAUGCUUACUACACUUCUGCAAUUGUCUCCGCGCUGGUGAGCGCUGGUAGAAGUGGUCCAGAUUCGUUGCGCUCUUUGGGAGACUCCAAAUAUUCCAUCGCAUCAGAAGAUUAUGAUUAUAUGCGAUAUUUAAUGUUCGACGUUGAAACAAAUCGUGAAGACUUGGAAUAUUUAAAGAAAAAAAAGUUAACGUCUAAAUUCUACCAGGACAUUCAUAAAGGUGUUCGUCUGAUCCAAGAAGGUCAAAUGGCAUAUCACACCGAGUACAAUCAACUAUAUCCACACCUAAAGACGUUCACUGACGACCAACUCUGCAAGCUGCAAUACGUCGAUACUAUUCCAGAAAUAUUAGCUUGGGUGACGACGACGAAACACGGCCAGUGGACCGACGUAUUUCGAAUAGCAGGUGCUUGGUUGCAUGAAACAGGUUUAGCAAAGCGUCUCAUGUCUCGUCUUCGCAUUAAGCCUCCGCCAUGCCGCGCUUCACUCCUCGCUGAAAGGGUGAACAUAGAUGAUAUUACACCUGUAUUAAUACUGACGUUAACUGGAGUAGCUGUCUCUAUACUUUUACUUGGGAUUGAGAUAUCAUUUGAGAAGUGGAUGAGCAGGAAAACGACUGCAUCUUCAUCGGUAGUUUUAAUUGAUUCAACGAAGGAUUUCUUAGAUUAGAAUUUUAUGAUGAAAACUACAUCAAAAUUAACUUAUAAUUUAAGAAAUAUAAGAUUUGACUUGCAUAACACUAUUUAAAUGUAGAAUUGGUAGCAAUAGCUGUAACAAUACACACGUAGUGUAGUGAAAUGAACUUUCUUUACUCAAAUAAAUAAAUAAUAAAAUUAUUGUAGAAGAUAUUUUUUUUAA